AUGACGUAUCUAUGUCGUUUUCGUUUACGUAAUCGUCUCAUUGAAAUACCAACAAGUGAAUAUAAUUUGACACAUGAUUAUUUAAAACAAUUGAUUAUUCGUGAAUUUGAAUUACAACAGAUACCAAAACAUAUGUUAAUUAUACAAAUGUGGAAUGAAAAAUAUCGUGAAUAUAUUGAUAUUGAAUCAUUUAAACGUUUUCCAGAUGAAGGUCGAUUACAAGUGUUAAUAGAAAAAGAUUUGAAUGCUUCGGCUAAUGAAAGUGGAGAACCAUCAACAUCAACAACAUCAAAUAACUUAUCGACGACAACAACAAAUGGCGAUGGAAGUAAUACUAAAAGUCCAAUAAUUACUGCCAUAACAACAGCAAUAAAUCGUUGUGCAACACCUACUAUUACGACAACAACAGCAUUACAUACAACUCCGCUGGCAAUUUUAAAUGAAAACAAUAGUAGUUAUCCAUUGACUUUAAAUACUGUAACAAAUCGUCAUAGUAAUAAUGGAGAUGAUGAUAAACAGAAUGACUCAUUCAACAGUAGUAACAGCAAUUUAUUAUCAUCACAAAACAAUAUCAAAAUUGAACGAAUGUACGAGGAUGUUAUGAGCACUGCUUCACCAACAAUGAAUGCUGAGAAUACAUUAAAUCAUAAAAAUGAUAUUGUCUACGAUUUAUUACCAAAACCACUGACUGGCAUAGAAAUACCUCGUUUUCCACCUCAUAUUGCCGCUUUUCUCAAUGGCUCGGGCGAUCAAAAUCAAUUAAAUGCAUUAGUACAAGCAUUAUAUCAAGAAAUCGUUAAAUAUGAAUUGUAUCCAAACGCAGAUGAAUUACGUUCUAUUGUCAGUCGACUUGUGGAACGUUAUCCGAAUAGUGUAUUGGUUAUUGGUAGUAUUGAAUUAUUAGUAAGAAAAUUGUAUUAUAAAUUUUGUAAUGAACGAAAAAAAUAUCCGGUUGAAUUAAAACGUCGUCAACCAAAUAAACGUAAACGUUUGAUGCGAGAUGAUGAAUUAAUGCUAAAUGUGAUGUCAUCAUCAUCAAUACCAAAUUUAAACGGAAGUAAUGAUAGUGGUAUGAAUGAUCAACGAUUAGAUUCGAUGAUGUCAUGUUUUUUAUGGACAAAUGAUACGAAAGAAAUGUCAUUAGUUAAUAAUAGCAGCAAUAAUAAUAGUAGUACAUUGAAUGAAUCAUCGUCAGAUAUUAAUGAACAUCAGCAAACAAGUCCCAUGGUUAGCCCAUCGAAUCAUCAACAAAAUGAAGGAUCACCAGCAUCAUCAUCGGCAUCAUCAUCGCCGAAAAAUAAUGUUGAUUUAAUUCGUAGCAAUACCAAUUUUGGUGUUCAACAUCCAUUAAAUUUAUCAAUAUCAGCAACAAAUCAUCUUAUGUGCUCAGAUUAA